CAUUUCGUUCCUGUCCUGUCUCUAACAUCUAAGAGGAGUCACACAAAUUUUGCCACGCACUCUCUUUCUUUCUUUUUUCUAUUCUGUGGUCUUUGUUUGUUAUACCGUACAAAACCAAAACAAGACCCAAAACGAAACAACCUGUUUGGUUCCUUACAACAAACCAAAACAAAGCAAAGUCCUUAGUUGAACUUUAAUCUUCCUUGUCCAUCCCAGUUGGACUUCCACCUCACCGUUUUUCGCCAUCUUUCGUAGCGCCAUUGAAACAGUUAUCAGAACUUGAUCUGAUCACAAGUCUUUUGGUUUGGUGGCACUGAAAGGGAAGUUUUUCUGAGUGAUCUGGAUGGGAACUGGAGAAGAAAGCACGGCUAAACCUUCUAAACCAACUUCUUCUACUCAGAUACCGUUGGCACCUUCGUCAUAUCCUGAUUGGUCAAGCUCCAUGCAGGCUUAUUAUGCUCCUGGAGCCACUCCCCCUCCUUUUUUUGCCUCAACUGUUGCUUCCCCAACUCCACACCCUUAUUUGUGGGGAAGCCAGCAUCCUCUAAUUCCACCAUAUGGUACUCCUGUUCCAUAUCCAGCUAUGUAUCCUCCUGGGAGUGUCUAUGCUCAUCCUAGCAUGGCAGCGACUCCAAGCGCCAUACAGCAUGGUGCAGAGUUUGUAGACAAGGGACCUAAUGAAAAAAAUGGGGUUGCUGCUAAAAAUCUGAAGGGAACAGCUAGAAAUACUGGUUCCAAAGCAGGAGACAAUGGAAAGGCACGCUCAGGGUCAGGAAAUGAUGGAAUCUCACAAAGCUCUGAAAGUGGAUCAGAGGGAUCUUCAGAUGCCAGUGAUGAGAAUUCUAACCAACAGGAAUCAGCUACAAACAAGAAGGGGAGCUUUGACCAAAUGUUUGUUGAUGGAGCCAAUGCACAGAACAAUUCUGUGGGUGGAAUUUCUCAAUCUUCCACGCCUGGAAAGCCUGUUGUGUCAAUGUCUGCAAGUAAUCUUAAUAUUGGAAUGGACUUAUGGAAUGCAUCUCCUGCUGGUGUUGAAGCUGCAAAAAUGAGACAUAAUCAAUCUGCUGCCUCGGGAAAUGUUGCUCCUUCAACCAUAAUGGGACGUGAAGUCGCACUUGGUGAACAGUGGAUACAAGACGAACGUGAGCUGAAAAGACAGAAGAGAAAACAGUCUAACAGAGAAUCAGCUAGGAGGUCAAGGUUACGCAAGCAGGCUGAGUGUGAAGAGUUACAAAAGAGGGUGGAUUCACUGGGAAAUGAGAAUCGAAAUCUGAGAGAAGAGCUUCAGAGAGUAUCUGAAGAAUGCGAGAAGCUUACAUCUGAAAAUAAUUCUAUCAAGGAAGAGUUGGAACGAUUGUGUGGGCCAGAAGCUGUUGCUAACAUUGAAUAAAUCUGCUUUUUAUUAUCAUGCUAAAGGCAACCAUAAACUCCUAGAAGAGCAAAUUUGCAGCUGGGACUUGAUCAAUGGCCUAAUUGAGAAUAGGAUAUAAUUUUUCAUUUUGUUUACUAAUCGAUACCAUUAACCCUCAAUUGUGAUUCCCCUGAUGUUUUAGACGCCAAUUGUUGUAAUGUUCAUCUGUGCGGAAGAAUAGAUAAAUUGUAGGCUGAUUGAGCGCUUACGCUCAGAAUUUAGUUUGGCAACUGAAGCAGCGUGUAAGUUUAACUGUUGACCCACUUUUUUCGUGUAGUAUUUAUAUUUGUGCUGACUGAAGAUGCAGGGGUUCCUAUCGGAAGUUAGUCACCAUUGCCCAUCAUUGGAGUGUUGAGAAUCACUGCGGUGAGAUCAGUUUUACCUAUGUUUUUUUUCCCCUAACAUCAAUUGUACCUAAUUUUACCUAUCAAAUUCACUUUAAGUAC